AUGGAGAAUGAAAUUUAUGUAACUUGGGAAGUUGGACAGUUGGCUGAAGCAAGGUGUUUCGCGCCUGGUUUUCGUGGUGCGUGGUUUCGGUGCAAGAUUACAGGGGUUUGUGAGACAAAUGGGCACAUUGAACGUGUCCAUUUAAAAUAUUAUGACUACAUUGAUGAUAAGCCAACAUGGUUGAAGCUUUAUCAGGUGACCUCAAAAAAGAAAAAAGAAUUGAUGUUGCGGCCACGUUACCCACAAAUUUAUAAUGCAAAGACAAUGCCUCACGCUAGUGCAAUUUCAGAGGUGUCGGUAAUUUUUGAUGGUUCAUGGAAGGUGGGAGAUUUUGUGGACUGGUGGAGCGAAAAUUGUUAUUGGAGUGGAACAAUAACUCAGUUACUGGGUGAUGGAAAAGCUGAGAUUGAGCUAAAACCACCACCACAUGGCGAAGGUGAAGUUUAUGUGGCUGAAUUCAAGGAUUUGCGUCCAUCUUUAGAUUGGUGUCCAGAAUAUGGCUGGACAAUGCCUAAAAAGGAAGGUGAUAGUAGUCGCCCUAGUGCUUGGCUUUCUAAACCUGAAAAACGAGGUGAAGAAACCAAGGUUGUAUCAGAUGAGAUGAAGAGCACUGAAACAUCAAAUAACACUGGUGACACUCGAGCCAUUGCAGGUGAAGAAACCAAGGUUGUAUCGGAUGAGAUGAAGAGCACUGAAACAUCAAAUAACAUUGGUGACACUCGAGCCAUUGCAGGUGAAGAAACCAAGAUUGUAUCGGAUGAGGAGAUGAGCACUGAAACUAAGGACACCGAUAAUAUAUCUUCACAACCUACGGCUCAUAAAAAAACAAAAAGGACUAAGAAGAAGAGGGAAGAUUAUGAUGAUAGCAAGACGGAGUCUGGGCAGGCUAAAACUGAGCCCAAGCUGGAUGUUGCUGACAAGGAAAAGCUUGAUUCAGGCGAAGAUGAGAAAGGUAAAGGAGGAUCAGUUCUGAACUCGGCUCGUUCUGAUACUCUGGAAGCUGCAGUUAUGGACUUGGAGGAGUAUUUAAACAAGGUGAAAUGGCUAAAGAUUGUUUUGGAACAAGGGAUUUCGCCUCCGGAUGACAAGAGUGAGUGGCAGUUUGUGGAGCCUCUUGUGGAUCAUGAAGCCACAAGAUGA